CCCGCCGUCACCCCCAACCGACCGUCGCUCUUCCUUCCUGGCGCCAGCUGCCGCUGCGUCAAGUCUACGAUGGAAACGCCGCAACGCAAUUCAUCGUCUUCCUCCUCUCAAGGGCGAAACCCUACCGUCUCCAGCUCGCCGCCGCCGUCGAUUUCGCGCCUUUGGAGACCAGCGGCGCAACGGAACCUGAGGAACCAAUGGUCGAAGCUGGCUUCCUGCCGCUCAGAAUGGGUGACGUCUUCCUCCGCCGGGAGAUCGCACGCCACCUCACUUGUCAACGCACAUCUCUCUCGAAAAUACAUGCCAUCGAUGGAGCUCGGAGUUGUCAGUGACAUGCCAGCUAUUCGAGAGAAAGCCUCUUCCAAGCUGUCUAAACAGCAGGAGCUUCAUCGAACCAAACUUUUGUCGUCCUACAAAAUUCUGCUGGGAAUAACAGCUCAAAUGGUAGCGAUCAGUAAAUCCUUGAGAUGCUAUUCGAAUACAGCAAAUAGUAGUAGUUCAAUAGUACAAUUUUCCACCAACAGCUCCAUGGAUAACGAUGACAGGGGAGAUGGUGGUGAGAUCCCAGUGUUCUUGUUUUGGUCAGUCUCAUUUUUCGAGCAGUUGGCAGAUGAGCUUGUUCAGAUGUUCAUAUCUGAACUGAUGAUCAAGCGCCUGAUUGUUGUAGAGCUACUUAGUAGUGUCAGUAGCGAAGCUCCCAAAGGCGAGGAAGUAUGGUGCUGGUCGAAUGAGCUUUACCCCGGAGAAUUUGAACAACUAAGGUUAUGCAACCUGUACCCCUCCGAUGAAACUGAUCAACAACCAAUUCGACCGAGAUUGAUAGAGUUGAAAUCCACCUUCACCAAUUCCAAAAUACAAUAUGAGGGUCAACCAAACAACUUGGAGACUUUGCAGGUCUAUCUGACAACAUGGCUCUGCGAGGUGAAUAUGGAUUGCAACAGGAUAGAUGAUAUUUUCGCAAUAGUCGGAGAGGAGAUGCACGUCAACCUUUUAUAACGGUAUUUUUCUGCUGCAUGCACCAGCAUGAGCCAGGAUGAAGAACAAGGGGUAGAGGAAACAUAAGAAGAAUAUCUGUAUAAACUUCAUUAUUAAGUUGCUCUCGACUGUGAUAAUAGGAGACAUACAUUUGGCUUUCGAGGCCUUGUUUGAACUAUGUGGCUGACGAGGCCAUGAGUAAAAGCAUUUUUGACACCAUUAGGAAGCCAUCAAGUGUUUGGCUGUUUGCUCACAAGAGACAACGGCUGUAAACUUCUGCAGCAGUCCAUAGAAACCCAUCUAUAUAAACUAACUCUGGAUGCCAAGGAAGCCAUUGCAAAUAAUUUCUCUCAGCUCUUCUCUUCAACUUCCAAGCAGCUGUCUCAAUCCUUCUCUCAUAUUCACCAACAGAAAACAAAAAUGGCAGCAGCUUCUUUCCAUGCUCGCUCUAACAGUCUGCCUACUAGAUCACACCCUCUCGUCUCAGAAAUUGAUGAGCAAGUUUGCAGGUUGAGACAAUCUCAAGCUGCUUCCACAUCGUCAUCAUCCAUCGGCCACAACCUGAAUGGCCUUCAGGUUGUCUAUGAUUGCGUUGACCAGUUGUUCCAACUGCCAACAACACAGCAAGCCGUGAUCAAUGACCAGAAAUGCUUCAAUGAGCUCUUGGAUGGAUCUUUGAGCCUCUUGGAUCUGUGCAACACAGCCAAGGAUGUCUUGUCCCAAAUGAAAGAAUCUGUUGCUGAACUUCAAUCCGCCAUUCGCAGAAGGCAAGGUGGUUUGGAAGGAGAAACUAGAAGAUACCUGAAGUCUAACAACGUUGAGACAGUAUCCAUGUUGAAGGAAGCUGAAUCUGUUGUUGCUUUGGUUUUGGAGUGCUUGUUGACAUUCAUUUCUCAAUCAAGCUCAAAGCCAAGCAGUUGGUCGUUAUUUAAAAGGGUUGCAGCAGUAGCAGCAACUGAGAAUGAAUUCUCAGAUGCCGAUGCCGCCUUGAGGAUGAACAAAUCCAGUGAGGAGGUUCAACUACAUCUCAAGAACCUGCAUCCAUGCAUUCAAGAUCUGGA